GCGCUAGCCUGGGCUGACCAGGAACAGAGCAGGAGGAACACCACCCCCAGCCCUUAGGGGCCUCCCCUCCCCUAGCCAUUCCCGACCCCGAGAACCUCCCACCAGGUGAAGCCAACCCCCACAUCGGGCAUAGCAGGACCCCGGAGCCCAGGCUCCCAGCCAGACCUGGGCCUUGGCCCAACAGAGACAACCAUGGCCGACGUUUGUGGAGCCAUCACUAAGUGCCGGGCACUGUCCUCAUGCGUUAGGGGUGGUAGCAUGCUCAGUUCUCACAGCCACCCUCUGAGAUAGGUCCUGUAGGAUCUUCAGCCUAUGGAGGCUCAGAGAAGUCCAGUGACUGGCCCAAGGUCACACAGCUGGUCAAGGUCCAUUUGAGUCUGGAGCCUUCACUUUCACGUGGUGCUGAGUUGCCUCUCAUGAGACUGGCACGAGGUGAGACGCCAGUGUCCUCAAAGCCCCCUGGAGGGUAGGGCCAGACCAUCCCCAGGAAGAACAGAAGAGCUGGGCCCGGCACCUGCUCAGCACACGGCAGGCCAGAAUCAGGAUCGCUGCGGCUCCCGCCCUGCGUCCACCAGGGCACAGAUUCCCAGCACUUGACGCGCCCCUGGCUUCCCAGCCCAAGGAGAGUUGACUCUUCCGGCCAUUGGCAGCACCAGACAAUUAACAGGAGAGAAUAAUUGCUUCUGGCUGUGCCAGCAGCCCACUCCGGUUGAUGAGACGGGGAAGGUCAGAUGCGGAGGCAGGGCUCCUAGGGCAGGCCACAGCCAGGGACAGGGACCGAGGCUGUCAGGAAGGGCCGCCAAAGCAGGGUGCCCCCAAGGUCCCAGCAGGAGCCCCAAGUGACAGGAGCCUCGGCCCCAGGCCCUGCUGAAGACUCAGGAGUGUCGAGUUGAGACUUGGCCUUCAUGCCCGGGGACAGCAGGACAGCUUGGCCCUGGCCGUGGUCCUCCUGUCUCUGUCCGAACAUCUGGACUACACAGGCAGGGAUCCCGGUAGCCAGCAUCUGAAGUAGGAGGCGGUGCAGCCAUCAGCUGGGCUGGGGUGCGUGGGGACGAGGGGUGCAGCGAGUGGCAGACCGGAGAUGGAAGCCCGGUGUGAGGAAAUGUCCCCAGGGUGACAGGACGGGGUGGAUACCCCACCCAGUGCUGACCACACGUGUCUCCGGCCCCCAGACAGAUCUGUGACCCAGCCCCACUCGCAGCUGAUGAGCCUGCCCACCAUGGCAAGCCCCACUCUGAGUCCUGACUCCUCGUCCCAGGAGGCCCUGUCGGCCCCCACCUGCUCCCCGACCUCGGACUCCGAGAACCUCAGCCCCGAUGAGCUGGAGCUGCUGGCCAAACUCGAAGAGCAGAACCGGCUCCUGGAGGCCGACUCCAAGUCCAUGCGCUCCAUGAACGGCUCCCGGCGCAACAGCGGCUCCUCGCUGGUGUCCAGCUCCUCGGCCUCCUCCAACCUGAGCCACCUGGAGGAGGACACGUGGAUCCUGUGGGGCCGGAUCGCCAACGAGUGGGACGAGUGGCGGCGCAGGAAAGAGAAACUGCUCAAGGAGCUGAUCCGCAAGGGCAUCCCGCACCACUUCCGGGCCAUCGUGUGGCAGCUCCUGUGCAGUGCCACGGACAUGCCAGUCAAGAACCAGUACUCAGAGCUGCUCAAGAUGUCCUCGCCGUGCGAGAAGCUGAUCCGCAGGGACAUUGCCCGCACCUACCCAGAGCACGAGUUCUUCAAGGGCCAAGACAGCCUGGGCCAGGAGGUCCUCUUCAACGUCAUGAAGGCGUACUCCCUGGUGGACCGGGAGGUGGGCUACUGCCAGGGCAGCGCCUUCAUCGUGGGCCUGCUCCUCAUGCAGAUGCCCGAGGAGGAGGCCUUCUGCGUGUUUGUGCGGCUCAUGCAGGAGUACCGCCUGCGGGAGCUCUUCAAGCCCAGCAUGGCCGAGCUGGGGCUCUGCAUCUACCAGUUCGAGUACAUGCUGCAGGAGCAGCUCCCGGACCUGAACGCCCACUUCCGCUCCCAGAGCUUCCACACUUCCAUGUACGCCUCAUCCUGGUUCCUCACGCUCUUCUUGACCACCUUCCCACUGCCUGUCGCCACGCGCGUCUUCGACAUCUUCAUGUAUGAGGGCCUGGAGAUCGUGUUCCGGGUGGGCGUGGCCCUGCUGCAGGUGAACCAGACGGAGCUGAUGCAGCUGGACAUGGAGGCCAUGUCCCAGUACUUCCAGCGGGUGAUCCCCCAUCAGUUCGACAGCUGCCCAGACAAGCUGAUCCUCAAGGCGUACCAGGUCAAGUACAACCCCAAGAAGAUGAAGAGGCUGGAGAAGGAGUACGCAGCCAUGAAGAGCAAAGAGAUGGAGGAACAGAUCGAGAUCAAAAGGCUUCGAACCGAGAACCGGCUCCUGAAACAGCGGAUUGAGACCCUGGAGAAGGGGCAGGUGACACGGGCGCAGGAGGCCGAGGAGAACUACGUCAUCAAGCGGGAGCUGGCGGUGGUGCGGCAGCAGUGCAGCUCGGCGGCCGAGGACCUGCAGAAGGCGCAGAGCACCAUCCGCCAGCUGCAGGAGCAGCAGGAUAACCCGCGCCUCACAGAGGACUUCGUGGCCCACCUGGAGACCGAGCUGGAGCAGUCGCGGCUGCGGGAGACGGAAACGCUGGGGGCCCUGCGGGAGAUGCAGGACAAGGUUCUAGACAUGGAGAAGAGGAACAGCUCGCUGCCCGACGAGAACAACGUGGCGCGGCUGCAGGAGGAGCUGAAGGCGCUCAAGGUGCGGGAGGGCGAGGCCGUGGCCUCGGCGCGGGAGCUGAAGCUGCAGCUGCAGGAGCUCUCGGACACCUGGCAGGCCCACCUGUCCCGCGGCGGCCGCUGGAAGGAGUCCCCGCGGAAGCUGGUCCUGGGCGAGCUGCAGGACGAGCUGAUGAGCGUGCGUCUGCGCGAGGCGCAGGCCCUGGCCGAGGGCCGCGAGCUGCGGCAGCGCGUGGUGGAACUCGAGACGCAGGACCACAUCCACCGCAACCUGCUGAACCGCGUGGAGGCGGAGCGCGCGGCGCUGCAGGAGAAGCUGCAGUACCUGGCUGCGCAGAACAAGGGGCUGCAGACGCAGCUCAGCGAAAGCCGCCGCAAGCAGGCCGAGGCCGAGUGCAAGAGCAAGGAGGAGGUGAUGGCCGUGCGCCUGCGGGAGGCGGACAGCAUGGCGGCGGUGGCCGAGAUGCGGCAGCGCAUCGCCGAGCUGGAGAUCCAGAGGGAGGAGGGCCGCAUCCAGGGCCAGCUGAACCACUCGGACUCGUCGCAGUACAUCCGCGAGCUCAAGGACCAGAUCGAGGAGCUGAAGGCCGAGGUGCGGCUGCUGAAGGGCCCGCCGCCCUUCGAGGACCCGCUGGCCUUCGACGGGCUCGGCCUGGCGCGGCACCUGGACGAGGACUCGCUGCCCUCGUCCGACGAGGAGCUGCUCGGCGUGGGCGUGGGCGCCGCGCUGCAGGACUCGCUCUACCCGCUGUCGCCGCGCGACGCGCGCUUCUUCCGCCGUCUCGAGCGGCCGGCCAAGGACAGCGAGGGCAGCUCGGACAGCGACGCCGACGAGCUGGCCGCGCCCUACAGCCAGGGCCUGGACAACUGAGGCCGUGCCCGCGCGCCCGGAGCCAGGGGGCCGCCGCCCGCUCCUCCGCCGGCCCGCCGGCCGCGCCUAUACUCCGGCCGGCCCCAAGGGCUAGGCCCAGGGCGGCAGGGCGCAGAGGGCAGGGCCGGAUCUGAGGAUCGGCAGGGUCCCCGGCAGGCCCACCCUCCCCAGCAGUGUUUACCCAUCUUGGUGGCACCCCUCCGGGCCCAGUUCCCUGGAGGGUCCGCCCCUUUUAACAGCGAGGGCCCCGGACGACCCAGAGGGCCCAGGACUGGAUGGCAGGAAGCCCCCUCCUCCCAGCAGGCCUCCUUCUGGGACAAGGGCGGCCUUGCCAGGAAGGGCCUGGGACCUAGGGAGGCCUGAGGAAGAAAGGGCAGCUCUGGGCUGGACGGAACCCCCCCGCAGUGCCCCUGGGGACCCUUGGCCGCCAGGGACAGAUGGCCUGGCUGGGCUUUCCUGCCUGGUGCAGGUGUCAUGGCCCCUGCAGCAGAAACCAAAGUCCCCCCUACUGUGCAGGGCCACCUGGGGUGCGUGGCCAGCGGGACCCAGCCCAGGCCUGGGCACUGUCUGUCCCUGCUGCUUGGGGGCCAGAGCAGCUGUGAGGAUGUCAUGAGACCCCUCUCCCCAGUGCCCCACAUCUUCCUCCAUGAGAUGUCCCAUCACCCCGUCUUGGCCAGUGAUGGAGGGGCUCCCCCACCCAAGCUAGCCUCCUCUCCAGGGGGGGCCCAGCCUCCACUUCCCUCCUUCCCUGGGUCCCCAGCCCCACCCUCCAGCCAGGGCCAGGCCCCAGUGGAGGAGCCUCCCUGUGGUGGCCCCGUGGUCUCUGUGGAGUCAGAGCCAAGAACGGUGCCAAAGUCCAGCGAUGCCCUAGACCCCUUGCCCCCAGGCCUCAUGACCCUCGGGGCUGACCCUCUCGGUGCUCCUGGAGCCUCGAGCCAUGUCACAAGCAGUCUCCCUGGUGCCUCCUGGGUGGGGACCCACGCUCAGUCCCCUUCCCUGGUCGCCCACUCCUCAGUGUUACAAAGCCUGGGGACCAGUGUGGGCAUCUCGGGCUCUCCCAUGUGCCCCCCACACUGCCCACCACCAUUUUGCACACUGCCUGUUCACACUCCACAUGUCGCCCAGGCGGGAAAGAUGGAAAAUAAAGUGUAUUUACACAGUCA